UAUUGAAACUCAGUAGUGGAUCGAAUAGAGAAUGCAACAUACUUGUUAACAUUUUUGUUAAAUAUUUGUCUGGUGCCUCCUGUAUCGUUGAAUAGUGGUGGUUGUUCAAAAUUUAGGGGAUGCUUGAUAGGUUGGAGUUUAGGACCGCGCGGUUGUUGCUGCUGCUCCUAUGGAUUUUGACACGCAGUACAGUAACAGCCUACGUGAACAUCAACUUCUUUCUAGUUGUUUUCCGCUUGUUUGCACAUAAUUUAACAGAUUUCAGGAUAACAAAUGUAUAGUGAUUUUUUUAUAGCUAGUAUUAGCUAGUAUUGUUUGUCACGGCCUGCUGUUUUUUGUUUUUUUUUUAAAUCAAAACGGUAGAUUUAGUUUUGCUUUAGUUUCUCCUGCAGUAUACUGAAUGAGAAUAAUCUUCUCAUUUUAAAUGGCGAGAACAGCAGCUCUCACUGUUCUCCUCACUCUCAUACACGUUGCAUGUGGUCAGUUAGAAGAUGUGAUCGUUGAUCGAUACUUCAUUCCAACACACUGUUCGAGAGAGGUUCAGACCGGAGAUUAUGUUCGGUAUCACUAUAACGGCACAUUCAAGGACGGACGGAAGUUUGAUUCUAGCCUGGAUAAGGGUUUUCCAUUCGUGGGGCAGGUGGGUGUGGAAUCUAAAGUCAUUCCAGGACUGGAUAAAGGAGUUCAGGGCAUGUGUGUAAACGAGCGAAGAAAGAUCACCAUACCUCCUCACCUUGCAUAUGGAGUCUUGGGAGCUGGUUCAGUUAUCCCACCGGAUACAACAUUGGUGUUUGAUGUGCUUUUGCUGGAUUUGUGGAAUAAAGAAGACAAGGUUCAAAUUCGUACUCUUCACAAACGGCGGAACUGCAAAAGGACAGUGAUGCCCAGUGACUAUGUUCGUUAUCAUUACAAUGGAUCUUUGUUAGUGGGAAGCCUGUUUGAUUCCAGCCAUCUUCGAAACUCAACAUACAACACAUAUGUGGGGCAGGGCAGUCUCAUCAAAGGCAUGGAGGAAGGCCUUCUGGGCAUGUGUGUUGGAGAGAGGAGAUCAAUUAUUAUCCCACCAUUCCUGGCUUAUGAUGACAAAGGAUAUGGUACAAAGGUCCCUCCAUAUGCAACUCUAAUUUUUGAUGUGUUACUGGUGGAUGUGUUUAACGUGAAGGAUGACGUGAGAGUGGAGGUUCAAAAGAUCCCACAGCCAUGCCGGAGAAGGGCAGUGGCGGGAGAUUUCAUACGUUACCAUUAUAACGGAACCUUUCAAGAUGGCACCGUUUUCGAUUCCAGUUAUUCUCGAAACAGCACUUACAACACGUUUAUUGGCAUGGGCUAUGUGAUUGCUGGCAUCGACAAAGCCCUGCAGGGGGUAUGUGUGGGUGAGUGGAGACGAGUCACUGUGCCGCCUCAUCUGGCCUAUGGAGAGACUGGAUCAGGUGAGCUGAUCCCAGGAUCUGCCGUGCUUAUCUUUGACCUGCAUAUCAUUGACUUCCACAACCCUAAAGACCAAGUGGACAUCAAACUGAUCUACAAACCAGCUGACUGCAACCUGACAAGUGCUGCAAAUGACCUGAUUAUGUACCGCUACAACUGCUCUCUGCUGGAUGGCACACGUCUCUAUUCUUCAGAUGACUACCCAGAACCCCCACGUGUCACGUUAGGCCAAGGGAAGUUGAUCACUGGUCUGGAUGAAGGUUUGCAGGGCAUGUGCGUGUUAGAGAGGAGAGAGAUCACUGUGCCGCCCCACCUCGCACACGGCACCAAUGGAGCGUUGGGUGUACCCAGUAGUGCAGUGUUGCUGUUUGAGCUGGAAUUACUACAGCUGCAGAAGGGUGUUCCUGAGGGCUUUUUGUUCAUCUGGCUGCAGGACAGUCCUGAGCAGCUGUUUCCUGCCAUGGACAUGAACCAAGACCAGGAGGUACCGCUUGAAGAGUUUUCAGCAUUCAUUAAGCUACAGGUGGCUGAAGGCAGGGGCCGCCUCCAUCCGGGAAUAGACAGGGACAUUGUCCUAAGGGACAUGUUCAAAAAGCAAGAUCGCAACGCAGACGGCAAAAUAACUGAAGAUGAACUGAACGUCAUAGUAAAUGAGGAAGAGGAAGUGCCUAAACAUGAGGAGCUAUGAAAGCAACAUCAUUUUUUGAGUGAGAUUUUUGUAAUUCAAGCUGUAAAUGGAUGACUAUGUCAGCUUGAUGUUGGGAUCCAUGGGUUCAGCAACGGGGAAUGUUCCAAUGACAUAAAAUGCACUAAUUAAAAAAUACAUUUCCAGUUUGAGAGGUUACAUUGAAAGAUGUGUUAUAAUAUUAUGACAUUUCUGUGUCCUUUUUUCUGUCCAUUAAUCAAUUCUUAUUUAUGCUACAUUGUGGGGACCAAAUGUAAAACCUGAAAUUUGUGUGCCACAAGGGAAAAAAAGUGUAACAAUCCAAACAGGUUUUCUGUAAGGGUUAGGUUUAGGGUUAGGGGAUAGACAAUAUUGUUUGGUCAGUAUAAAAGUA